AGUGAAAGCAUAUGAUAAUCGACUCUCUCUGCUUGACUUAUGUCACUCAUGAUAUUCUUUAUUAAUCAUAAAGAAACUUUUAAGUUAAUUAUAACCCCAAUAAAAUGUUUUAUGAGGAAAAAUGGCUUUUCAAUGUAAUAUGAAAAUAUUCUGGGAGAUAUUCAUAUAAAUUGCUAUAGUAAUUCACAAAUUACUGCAUAAAAGUGUACAGAAAUGGUAUUUUGAUUUUAUUCAUGUUUUUCCUAAUAUCUGAUGGAGACCACAUUUUGUAUUUCUCCGACCUAUUGGUAGAGUCUUGAAAAUAAUUUAGAGCUCAUUUGAAUUGAUGUAGGAAUUGAAAUAUACCAACUAUUUCUUUUUACUGAUAGUGUAUUUGUCAGAAUAACUGGAAAAUUACAAUUCUAUAAUAAUAAAAAAAAAAACUUAAAAAGGCAGGGGUAAGAUGUGAUUUACUUUUGAAUAUGAUGACCAUCUAGAAUGCUUCUGGUUUUAAUGAUUAAACAAAUGAUUUAAUGAAUGUGAGUUCUUUGAGAACCAUAACCAUUUUUGUGCCCUGCCCCACACUCCUGCUACCUCUGCCAUAUAAACCUAUAGCUCUUUACCAUAGUGCACUUAGUGCUCUGAAAAUUAUGUGGGUGAAUAAAUGAAUAUUUAAGAAGUGACUAUAGAAGAAGUUGUGGCAGUUAGGAAUGAAGGGGAGGGGUACCUAAUAAAAAUGCAUUUUAUACAGAUGGCAAAAAAGGCUUGAAAUAAUACGUGGGGCCUUUAAAAUAUAGGCCAGCAACUACCAUACAACUCCAAAGAAUUAUGGGACCUGGUGAGAAGCUGGUAGGUCCUCAUUAGCUGGAGAGUACAGUAUUUUGGUAGCUGAUUGGCUCCAUAGGUCGCUCGAGGCUGCUUGAGUCACCACACAUUGAACUUCUGGUGGUAGCUGUUUGAAGCAGUCAGAGCCCUCCUGAGGAACUCGCUGACUAAAGUGAAAACCUACCUCCUAAUCUCUCUGAGCUCUUCUUAAGAUGAGUAAGAAUGGUUUUGUGAGCUAUGGCAGCAUCUCUGCUGUGGGUGAAACUUUUGGAAGCAAUGACCAGCCAUCUCAGGGUGGUGAAGCUCCUGCUACGAAAACCCAAAGAUCCAGGAUCCGAAUUCAGGGUGUUAUACCUUGUCCUGUAAACCAGCUGCUCACCUCCACCCUGGUUGACAGUGUUUUCAAGAUAAGGGGAAUUGAAGUUUCCCAGGUCUCUAUUGUGGGGAUAAUCAGAGGCCAGAGAGCUUCAAACUACAUUCUUUACAGAAUUGAUGAUACGAACACCAAGCCUAUUGAGGUCCGCCAGUGGCUCAGAAGAAAUAAAGCAAAACAGGGCAUGUCGCUUCUUUUAGGAAGUUAUGUCAAAGUGAUCGGUAUCCUCAGAUGUUUUAAAGAAGUAAAGGGCCUUGAGGUAUUGAAUAUCCGAGUCCUGGAGGACAUGAAUGAGUUAACACAUAUUCUGGAAACAGUCAAUGCACAUAUGAUGCUGGAUAAAGCCCACGAAGUGGCCUCUGGACCCAGUGCGCCAUCAAAAAUAAAUGAGGUCCAGAAGUAUGGCGAGUACUACCACCUUGACUUCAUCCACAAGGAUGUUCUGCGUUUGAUCCAUGAAUGUCCUCAAGGGGAAAGCAAAAGUGUACAUGAGCUCCAGACCCAGCUUUACAGCCUGAGCAGCAGGGCCAUCAAGCAGUCUCUUGAGUAUCUAAUUGAGGGCUACAUCUACACCACUGUGGAUGAAGAGCAUUUUAAAUCUGCUGAUUGAAGUGAUGAAAAGAUUUUUCAUUUUCCAAAGAUUCUUGCCUCCUUCUGUGAAUUUUAAACUGUUGACUUUUAGGAAGUAGAUUUUUUUCAACAAAAUAUAUCAACUGGCAUACUUUUAGAACCUUACCGCUUUUCCAAAUGCUUCGAACUUUUCUGUUUUUCUAACUGUUGGAAGCUCAGGUGGAGAUGGCGAUGGAUAAAUUGACUAGACUUUUUGUAGGAUUUACAAGCAAGCAAGUGAAAAUAGCCCUGGAUGAAUGCAUUUGGGAGAGGAAAUGACGGAAAAUACCUGAAAAUUAUUAUUUGUUAUGUGGGAGUUUCUUUUUCUGACAUAUCCAUAUAUUAGGAGAAUACAGAUGCAGUCAGGGAACCAGUUAAGAGAUGAAAAAAAAAUUCUGUUGUUUUUACAUUAGGUUUAUUUUUUGUGUUUGGAUUUAACUUAUAGUCCUGUUAUCUCUUGCUAAAUAUAGUAAUAGAUUAGUUUGAAAGUGCUAAAGAGAGCAAUUUAUGAAUUCAAAUGCUCAGUUCAGUAUUUAUUGAGUGAUUUGCUCUUAUUACCAUAGAUUUGUUUAGAAGGUAAAUGACUUGGCCAGUGCUCCCCUUCCUCUCCAGUCCUGCUUUGCAUGUGAGCCAAACUUUAGAGGAUAAGAUACCAAUC